AUGGGCGGUCACCUCGAGGAGGUGCGCAAGAUCCGGGAGGCGCGCGAGCGUGCCGCACGGAGGGCAUUGCGCGGCCUCGACCCCGAGCAGGGGAGCGAGGGUGAGGAGGAGAGCGACGACGCGGAUCUUCCCGAGGCGCCGGAUCUGACUCCAGAGGACGAGCGGCGCGCCCUCGCGCCGCACACUGGGGCGUCCAAGCCACCGCAGCCAGCCGUCCACAACGGUCCAUCCCCGGCCGCGCUGCCGGUCAUCAGGCUGGGAUGGGCUGCAGAGGCCGCCACGCCCGGCUUGCCCGCCGGCUCGCCCGGUGAGGCAGCCGACGUCUUUUGCGUGCGCUACUCGCCGGACGACGCCCUGGUCGCCGCGGGCUGCGGUGACGGAGUUGUGCGCGUCUACCACGCGACCGACGGCCGGCUGGCAUACUCGCUGGCGGAUGACUCGCUAACCCUGCCGACCACCUGCCUCCGCUUUCGGCCGUCUGCGGCGUCGGCCAAGACCCGCAACGUGCUCCUCGCGGCCAACUCGGACGGCACCGUCAAGCACUGGCACCUCACCUCGGGGAAGUGCCUGCACUCGGUGACCGAGCAGGACAACCAGGUGUACGCCGUCGACUAUGACACCGAUGGUAGCCACUUUGCCACCGCCGGCCGCGACUGCCACAUCCGGCUGUAUGACGAGACCACGAAAUCCGCCGUAUCGACACUGCUCUCGUCGCUCGACCGCGCCCCGAGCGGCUACCACAGCGCGGGCGCGAGCGCUCACUCAGGCCACUCGAACCGAGUCUUUGGGCUGCGCUUCGGAGCCGAGCCGCACUCGCUCCUCUCUGGUGGGUGGGACAACACCGUGCAGCUGUGGGACACGCGCACCGCGACAACCGCGCUGUCCAUCUACGGGCCCCACGUGUGCGGCGACGCCCUGGACAUGCGCGGCCACACCAUCCUCUCUGGCUCGUGGCGGCCAGAGCAGCAGCUGCAGCUGUGGGACGCGCGCACGGGCGGGCUACUGGCCACGCUUCCGUGGCCUGCGCACGGGCGCACGCGUGAACCGUGCCAGGUCUACGCCGCGCAGUUCUCCCGACACGACGGCGGCGCCCGCAUCAUCGCGGGCGGCUCCGGCGCCAACGAGGUGCGCGUGUUUGAUGCAAAGGGCGGGGGCUCGCUCGCGGCCAUAACCCUGCCCAAGGGCGUGUACGGGCUGGAUGUCGAGGGGGGAGGGGGGCAUGUCGCCGUCGCGGCCGGCGACAACGCGGUUCGCACGUUGGAGCUCCCCUGCUGA